GCUCAGCCAGUCACUCUUCACCGGAGACAAGAUGAGGACGUGGUGGGGGUCGCUGAUACUGGGUUUAUUUAUGGCACUGCGGUCUGGACAAACUGUUUCAGCAGUGUCUCUGACAGUCCGUCCCAACCUCCAGCAGUUCUUCAGCAAAGACGUCCUGUAUAUGAGCUGUGACCAAGGUGGACAAAGAAUUAGGAGGACGACUGGAGGACAGACAGAGCCAUGGACAGCUCAAAGACAGACAGGUUUGUCUCCAUCAGACUCUGGACUGUACUGGUGUGAGACCAGUGAUGGGCGGACGAGUGAAUCGGUCAACAUCACAGUGGUUCCUCCAGACUGUCCACUGAUCCUGGAGAUCCCAGCGCUGCCCGUGAUGACAGGUGGAACGGUCACAUUCCUCUGUAGAACCAAAGACGGUUCAAGAACAGCAGCAUUUUUCUUCAGGAACAGCACCGACAUUGGAGGCAGGACAGUGCAUCAGCAGGUGACCUUGGGUCACAUCCAGCCCUCAGAUGAAGGAUUCUACUCAUGCUCUACAAACCUGCUGGGCUCGUCUCUAAAGAGCUGGCUCAGGGUCCAAGGCCACGCCCCCUCGACUGCUCCUCCUCCACUUUCUCCUUCAACUCCUCCUCUACUGCCGUCUGUCUCUGUGUUCAGACUCUUCUCCCAUCUAGUGGUUGUCUGUCUGUUCUGCAUCAGCAGCGUCAUGAUGGUGUUGAUAUGCAGCAUGACGACAGGUAAAAAAUCACCUGUUUCCAUGGAGACCACACACUACCUCACAGAACAUAAUCACGUCGCAGUGGGAGGCGGGGCCAUCAUUGAGAAUGAGUUUUAAUUGCACGAUGAAUCAAUAUUCCCAAUGCUUUUUGACAUGAAAUUAAAUGAGUUUUGUCCUUUGUUCUAACCAGUCAACGAUAUUUUAAAAAUAAUAAAAUAGUAAAAUGUUUGUAGUAAAUCUUAAUGUUGGGUUUGGUUACAGUUUUAAAAACACUUGAAACAGUGUUGGUGUAACAGGCAACAUUUCCUGUCAGUGAUGUCACUCUAGCCCUACAGGCCAGGGUUUGGUCGGUUUUAAGUAUUAGCCACAAGAAAUAAACCUAAGUUUACCUUUAAGCAUUAUCAAGUCCAAGUCAUUGUUAGUGUCUAAAACUUGAUUUUCAAAGUUGCGUUUAGGUUAGAAUUCUGAACAUUAAACCCAGGACUUAGACCAAACAAUCUGUAUCAAACACAAACAAUACACCAGGGAUAAAUGUGUUGGAGUUAAAGUCAAACCUAAAACAUCUGGGUUUUAGAUUUCUAUCACCAACAGUUACACUGAGUUUAAGAUGACAUCAUCAUGAGGAAAAUGAAUUUUAGGUAAAAAGUGUUUAUGCUAAUGUCAGCAGUUCCAUACGUUUAGGUCCACAGCAUUAGAACUGAGGUUAAAUGUAUCUUUACUUUUUUUCUUUUAGUCUGUCUCACUGUCUGUUUGAAUCAUGAGCUCUGGGGUAGGUCGGGAGCUGCUCUUCAAAUGACCAGGUUAAAGUGAUCAACCAACUGCUAAUGCUGUGUAAUGAAACUGAGAAUCCCAUCCAAUUUUAUAAUGAACGUAUUUAUUUCAAUAAUCUUCAUUUAUAAUUAAUUCAUUUCAAUUUACAGCAAGUCAUGAUAGCAAUAGCCUCCUGCGUAUGUGUGAGUCGUGUGUAUGUGUGUAUAUCACAUGACCCUGAUCUUCAGUCUGAAAACCCGGAACC